UCGCUGCCUCCUCUUCCUCGUUUCGCGGCUCGCGCUGCUUCCUCCCUUCCCUUGCCUCCCUCACUCCUUCAGGCCUCCGGACCCGAAACGCAGCUGACGCGAAAUCAAAUCAAACCAGCUGCUGCUGCCUGCUGCAUCCACUGUCCUCAGCCAAGCCGCCGCUUCUGCCUCCUCCUCCCUCGCUGACGCCCCAAUCCAUUCCCCCCGAUCCCCAGACCGCAGCCGCUUCGAUUACGCGACCCGCCUCGCAAACCCUAGCUCCCCCGCUCUCUCCCUCUCCCAUGCACCCCAAACCCUAGCUUCCCGCCCGCCGGUCAUGCGCGCCUCCGCCUCCGCGGUCCCCAUGGAGGCCUCCGCCUCCACCCGCAGAUCCGCCGCGGGCCCCGACCCCGGCGGCGCCAAGAAGCCGCGCCUCGCGCAGCCGCCGCCGUCGCGGGACCCCAGAUCUUACGCCGCCUCCAAUGGCGCCGCCAGCGCCGCCGAGCAAGCGCUGGUCGACGAGCUGCUCGGCCAGUACCGGACCGCGCUCGGGGAGCUCACCUUCAACUCCAAGCCCAUCAUCACCAACCUCACCAUCAUCGCCGGCGAGAACCUCCAGGCCGCCAAGCCCAUCGCCGCCCUCAUCUGCGCCAACAUCCUCGAGGUUCCAAGUGACCAGAAACUACCAUCACUAUAUCUACUUGACAGUAUUGUAAAAAAUAUUGGAAAAGAUUAUGUUAAACAUUUCUCAGCAAGAUUACCAGAGGUGUUCUGCAAGGCAUAUAAACAAGUUGAUCCUUCUAUACAUCAUAGUAUGAGGCACCUUUUUGGAACAUGGAAAGGAGUGUUUCCCCUACCUCCACUCCAAAUGAUUGAGAAGGAACUUGGUUUUCAGUCAUCUGCCAAUGGAUCAUCGAGUGCUGCACCAUCAAGGACUGAUUCUCAAUCCCCGCGCCCAUCCAAUAGCAUACAUGUAAAUCCAAAAUAUUUGGAAGCGAGACAGCACCUCAAUCAACCAACUAAGGGAAUACUUGGAAGUGGUGCUAAGACAUCUGUAAUUGCUGAUACAGGCGAUGAUAUUGAGAGGGCUAACAGGCUAGGUACUGAUAGAAGUGCAGGGAGACGAUUAGAAGCUCCUGAUGCUAGACCUAACAUACAGCGCACUCAAAGGGACCCUUUUAGCAAUUCUGUUCAUGAAAAACAGGCAGGUAGAGAUGUGAGGGGCCUUGGAUUCUCCAAGAUUCCACAGCAGGCUGUUGUGGGAACUGGUCAAGUUCGCUCAAAACCCAAAGGUCAAGAUGCAAUUGGGGGGCCUUAUUAUGCCUCUGGUGUUGGGUCUUCUGGAGAACAAUUUGACAGGCGCAACAACUUUUAUGCAAGCAAGGAUGUUCGGCCAUCAGGACCUGUACGUUUGGAUAGUGCACUUCUUCCAACUCCUUCAAUUAAUGCCGAUAGAGUUGGUAGGCCUUCAUCAAAUAAAAGUUGGAAGCACUCUGAGGAAGAAGAAUAUGUUUGGGAUGAUGUACACUCUAAAGCAGCAGAAUAUGGUAGUAGCAAUAAUGUAAUAAAAGGAGAAUGGAUGUCUGAUGAUGGCAAUGCUAAAUUUGCAAGCCUCCAAAGGGCUAAAUGGGCAGAGGCAGGACCUGUGGAACGUAUAGAUCCCAACACACAUAAACUUGAUAAUCUAUCAAGAUUUGGACUUGCAGCAGGCCAAGAAAGAAGAAUUUCAGCAUACAUGGAUCAGGAAGAGUACCUUCUUGGCAAGCGUGAGGUGGAAGCAAGAAUUGAUAGGGAAAUUAGGUCUGAAGGACAACAGUUCCCACCACCUCGAGGUUCCUCUCUCUGGGUGUCCCAGGAAAAAACACUCCCAGACAUUGGGUUGGACCCUAGGAUGCCAAGGUUUUCAAAUCAGCCAGCAGAGAGGUCCACCAUUUAUACUGGCACCAUGUCAGCAAGUAUCACGUCAUCUGUACCUGUUGGGUUGUCAGGACACUAUGCUGGAAGGUCAAGCCUAGAUACUGCAAAUAGUGUGCCAAUAAGAUCAACUGAAGCUUUUGGGCAGCAGCAUAGAUAUUGGUCAUCUUCCCCUCCACAAGCUCACUCACCUUCUACUGCACCCUUUGCACGUCAGGGUUCUCCAAAUCCUGCUGAGUCUGAUUUUUAUCCUUCCAGACCACUUUCUCAAUUGGCCCAAAAUCCUCAAGAAGAAUAUAGCCAAAGAGCAUUGCCAGUACUUGCUAAAGAUUCUCAUGAACCUAGUCUACAGGCAACCCAGCAGACACAAAAGUACCCUACCUUCCAGUCAAAGUCACAUAUUAAGCCAUCUGAUCCAUUGCAGGCAAGUUUUUCGUGUGAAAAUUCUCCAUCGCUGUUCAGACCUUCCCAUCUUGGAGAAGUCUCUUUACCAAGUGAUUCCACCCCUAUAAGCUCAGAUCUGACAAGUGCUAGUAAUUUGUUGGCUGGUCUCAUAAAGAGUGGGUUCAAACCAAAUAACCAGAGUGAUGCAAAACUUGGUCCAAGUGGGUCACUUCCAGUGGCUUCUUUAUCACUUCAAAAUACUGCUGGUGAAAAUACCACUUUGCAUACACAGGCACCAGACACUUCUCGUCCACCAUUGCCACCAGGUCUGCCACCGCCUUCAUCAACACAGAGUGCAGAUAAAGCUGCGCCGCUCUCGAGUCUUCUCAGUUCCCUGGUUGCAAAGGGAUUGAUCUCUUCGCCAGCCUCUGAUUCAUCCAAUGCUGUCCUUUCACAGCCAAACAAAGCAUCAAGCAUGAAUGCUAAAGUUGUCACAGCUUCAGCUGUGCCUUUGCCGGCUCUGAAGCCUUCAGUUGGUAAGGUGUCAUCUAAUUCUGAUUCAUCUGCCCCAACAAACGCUUCGUUACCCAAAGCUAUCGAAAUUAAGAUGGGUGACCUCAUUGGCCUGGAGUUCAAGCCAGAGAAACUUCGCAAGUACCAUGAGCACGUGAUUAGCAGCCUCUUUGAUGACCAAAGCCAUCUGUGUAAAACCUGUGGUAAUAGGUUCAGGCUUGAAGAAGAACUGAGCUUGCACACAUCAAGCUGUGGGCCAAGGGAGCCUGAGACUAUCUAUACUGGUAUUGCACCUAAAAAAUGGUACCCUAGCAAGAACUUUUACAUUGAUGGAUCACAUGAAAUUGAGGACAGCACUGAGGCUUCUGAUGGAGACUUAGGUUCUACAGAAGAAGUGUGUGAGUUUAUGGUCCCUGCAGACGAGAGGCAAAGUAUCUGUGCACUAUGUGGGGAACCAUUUGAUGAUAUAUAUUCUUUUGAGAAGGGGAACUGGAUGUACAAGGAUGCAGUGUUUUUGGAUUACCCCAAGGAAGAAAGCAGCUGCGGAAACAAUGUUGAGCCUGAAGAGCAUGUGCCCAUAGUCCAUGUAAGAUGUAUGCCAAGAGGCUCAAAUGAUGGCAUGGAGGUUAACUAGAAUGAUUGUUCUUCACAGCAGCUAAGCUCUUUUGGGGCCUUGAGGUGGAUGAGCCUGAAAGCUGGGGGUGUUUGCACGGGAAAUGUGCAACUGUUGCAAUUGGGCUGAUGAGAUACAUGUAGGAUGAUUGGUGGCAGGCGUUAUCAGAAACAAAACUUUGGUGAAGAUCUGAAACCGUCCAUGGAUUUCCCUGUGCCCCUUACUAAGUGCUUGCACAAAGAAUAAAGCUCCAGAGCUUUGGCCAUGGAGUCAGAAUUGUCAAAAUCUUCAUAUUUUGGGUCACCAUCUGAUAAGGAUCUUUAUGUUGAUAGAAAAAGAGCUUGUAGGUGCAUGUCAAAAGAAUGUAUUUCUUUACGAGGAAAAAGGGGUAUUAUACCCUGCAUGUAAGUCGGACACUGCUGUUUUCUGACGAUACAUUUCUCGUCUUUUGGAGUAGGAAUUUUUGUACUUAGAAACUGAUAAUAGAACAUUAUAGAGGCAGGACUAAACAAGUUGUGGUUGAUUUGCUGUCGACCUGUCAACGUAUAUUUAUCAUUGUCAUCUA